AUGACGUCUAAAUCGGAGAUCGAUCGAGGAGGCACUUCAAUGGCUGACGAUCCAGUGGGUCAACUGAAGUUGUCCAUUUCCAAACUGGCCGAAGGCAUACAGAAAAUGGGCGACGUACUUGGCGCGGUCAAGCUCGACGCAGCUACAUCCACUAGAAAUGAACCUGCGAAAGCAGGGGAGUCCACAAAUGCUGCAGCUGGAACGAAGGCUCCUGAAGAAGAUGGAAAAAACACUGCAAGGGAUAAAGCUUCACAAAAGGCUGAGAAGGCAAAAGUACCAAACCAGCAAUUAGAUCAGCCCAAAAGCGCCGAAGAAGUUAAAGCUCAACGAGCCAAUAAAGCAGCAGCGAAGAAGGCUCGAGCUGAAGCAGCAGCAGCUAAAAAAGCUGCCGAAGGAGAUCAAGCAAAAGUGCAAAACAAACAAGACCAUCCGAGUAAGCCGAAAAAGGUUCCUGAAAAGGGCCCUGCUCCUGCAGACAAAGCUCAGAUGAAUGGAGACAAUAAUCAGAACCAGGUAGGUGGGUUGCAUUAG